AUGUCUCUGUUGGCUAUUUCUGCCUCUAAGAGAAGACAUUCAAUAGAUCAAUCUACAUUAAAAACAACCUCAGAUCAAACUGUGGACAGAAAGGUGUCAGCUCCGCUUGAUCCCUCGACAAUACAUAUCACGGAGCGUCGACGUGAAGAUACUCGCAACUCUUGUUUUGAUCUGAACAUGGCAACUAUUCAAGCUUUACAAGCAAAGGCAGACAAGGCGAUGGGAAAAGACUUGACACACAAGGAGGAAAAUAAGCACGAAAAUGAAAGUGAUUCUGAGGAUGAAUAUUCUAAUGAAAGUUCAGAUAGAGAUGAUAACUGUACAAAAAAUGCGGAUGAAAAUGAUAUUUCCACAUCCAAGUGCAAUUCAACAAAACAAGUGUUUUCAAAUAACCAGAGACAGGGCAAACACGAUUUGCGGAGCGAGUCCAUCUUCUGA